AUGGUACACAUCUCCGAAGAUCUGACGACUGGCACAAAAAGAUCCAGAUCUGCGAGGAGAUCCAGAUCUGGGGCAAAACGUGUAACGGAAGCUGGAUACCCUACAGGUGUUUCGGGUGGCGAGUACAAGAUGGUGAACGGCCUUCGGUUGGCGACGUUGCUCUUCGUCAGGGUCGCUCUUGUGGCACUUUCGAACGCUCGUGGCACUGCAGUAGUAGAGGCAGCGCCGGGGGCCCCUCUCGGCCUCUACUAUGAGCGAUGGCAGCAGAAGCAGACCGAGCAGACCAAGCUGCCUCUACUCCUGGGCUUCACGAGCCCAAUCAACGGCACUCGAGUUGAAGGUCCCAACGUAUUCCUUCACUACAAGAUCUUCAACACCCUUGAGAACAGGGAGCUGACUUCGGCUGAGGUCCGAGAUCUCUCCGUGUCAACCACGGUGUGCUUCAAGCUCCACGGCUUCAAUAAUGUCCCCGAGAUCUGCGCGCCGUUGAGAGUAACCACCGUCACGAUCAAGGACGCUCUUCCGGCCAAGUGGCACCACGUUACGGGCUCGAUCAAGGACACGAGAACGGGCAAGCUGCUGGGAGCGUCGGACGGCGGUGUGUCCGUGUUCAACAACCUGAAUGGAUACGGCGUCCUUGAUAUGUGCGGCGAGAGCGCCUGCUUGGACUCGAAUGCUCUACGGUCGGCGUACUUCGACUACGUUUACCGGCACCCCAGCUGGUAUGGCCGCAUCCCUCUCACAGGAGCAUCCAAGCUUUCAACCACCUUCUCUAUCCGGUCCGGUCUCUCCAAUGUGAUCUCCGCCUUCAACAUCAAGAGCAUGCUCGACGCGCCUUGCGGCGAUCUGAGCUGGAUGCCCCUGGUUUCCGGGAUCCAGAAUGUCCAAUACACGGGCGCCGACAUCGUAGAGAUUGCCGUGGAGACCAACCGGAAGAAAUUCGGGGCAGACAUCACAGAGAUUGGAGACGAGGACUUGGAGGUGGGAAGGGAGAUCGCCGCCGCCAUGCGCCGGGGAGAAGGCCUGAAGGACCCCGCCUUUGUCGUGGCCGAUCUCGUUGAGGGUGUGCCGGCCUCGCAAGACGGGGCACCCUUUGACCUUAUCUUUGUUAGGGACCUGAUGGUGCACCUGCCGGCCCGUCACAACCUCAAGGUCAUCCAGAAUAUCCAGGCGAGCGGGGCUCGUUUCCUGAUGGCUUCGACGUACGUGGAGGCCGACGAGAACAAACUGUCGGAGACUUUCGUGCCUCCCAUUGGGCACAACAUCAACCUCUCCCUGCCGCCGUACUGCCUGCCAGAGCCCAUGGCUGUCUUCCGUGACGACUCCACCGAGAGGACCGAUCUCCGGAUGGGCCUGUGGGAUCUCCACGAACACUCGCCGCUCGCUCUCAGUGGGGACUGCUCGCCCACGUCUGUCGCGGUGUGA